CAAUGCACGAUUAGAACAUAUUAUUUUUGCAGAAAGUUAAUCGACCUUUUUAUACAAGUUACCAAUCAAUUAUUAUUGUUAAAAUGUCGAUUUAUGUGAAUACGGGAAGGCUAUUAGCAAGGCAAGUAAUCACACGCCGCCGGUGUACAAAUGCUCUAAUACACCAAUGCAGAACUAAAACUUCUACUCCAAUGAACACCAUAAUCAUGUUCGUGCCCCAACAAGAGGCGUGGAUUGUGGAACGCAUGGGAAGGUUUCAUCGAAUUUUAGAGCCUGGUCUUAAUGUUUUGCUGCCCAUCAUGGAUAAAAUAAAAUAUGUCCAAAGUCUAAAAGAAAUAGCCAUUGAUGUUCCCAAACAGAGCGCAAUCACAUCGGACAACGUUACUCUUAGCAUAGACGGUGUAUUGUAUUUACGGAUAAUAGACCCAUACCGAGCUUCUUAUGGCGUCGAAGAUCCAGAGUUUGCUAUAACACAACUGGCCCAAACAACUAUGCGUUCAGAGCUGGGUAAAAUGUCGUUGGAUAAAGUAUUUCGGGAAAGAGAAUCGCUCAAUGUGAGCAUUGUAGAUUCAAUUAAUAAAGCUAGUGAAGCUUGGGGCAUAGCGUGUCUCCGUUAUGAAAUCAGAGAUAUAAGACUUCCCUCAAGAGUGCACGAAGCUAUGCAAAUGCAAGUCGAAGCCGAGAGAAGGAAACGUGCUGCCAUCUUAGAAUCUGAGGGAAGACGAGAAGCCGACAUAAAUAUUGCUGAAGGCAAACGCCAAUCAAGGAUACUGGCUUCAGAAGCCGAUCGUCAGGAACAAAUUAACAAAGCAAGUGGUGAAGCAGCUGCUAUGCUGGCCGUAGCUGAUGCAAGAGCUCGUGGUCUUCAAACCCUGUCAAAAGCAUUACAAGACUUGAAUGGGAAAAAUGCGGCUUCUUUAACUUUAGCUGAGCAAUACAUUUCCGCAUUUAAGCAUUUAGCAAAAACCAAUAACACUUUAAUUCUUCCAGCAAAUACCGGUGAUAUAUCGUCAUUGGUGGCACAAGCUUUAAGCGUAUAUCAGACAGUUUCCUCGCAAAACAUAGAAUCACAGGCAAUGAAUGCCAACGAUUUUAGUUUGAAGUCCAGUACUCUGAAUCAAAGUGAUGGUAUCUCUGAUUCCAAAGAGCGGAAGAAACUACAAACAGCAAAUGUAUCGAAAAUAGACAUUGAAUAAUAGAAAACUGUAUUAAAAUGUUAUAAACAAAA